UUAUUUAAGCUGUGGUUUGUCAAAUCUGGUUUUACAGUUUCCAAUUGAUAAUCUCUAGUUUUAAAAAAACCACACACAAUCUCAAUCAUGAAAAAUGUGUUGUUCUAUACCCACCACUGAAUAAAUAUGAAGAGUUAGUUUCAUAGGUACAUAUGAUAAGGACCAAAAAUGAGUUAUUUUCAAAUUACAGAAACAAAAGUUUAACCACUUUUAAAUUUGAGGGAUCAAAGGGUAAGUUGUUUCAGCGAACCAGAAGAAGGGGCUCCUCAACUUUAAAAAGUGAAGUUAGAAUUGAAUGAAUGAAAAAGGGUCCGUGGCAAUGGAGACAGAGCCAAAAGGGCUAGAAGCUUCCCUAGAACAUUUGAUUGACCUUCACCACCACAAAUCUCUUGUCCUUGCCCACCACACAGACAAAGCCAAGAAGGACGCAAUAAGGAAAGCCGAGCACGUUUCUGAUUUGUUGGUUGAAGCGGUGAAUGGUGGGGUCCAAGAUUCCUUCAUCAACCAGAAGCGAAUUGAGCUCGAAAUUCGAACUCUGGCUACCACCAUCACGAGGUUCAUGAAGCAAACUGAUCAAUGGCUCGCUGCCACUCAUGCCCUCAACACUGCUCUCAAGGAAAUUGGAGACUUUGAGAACUGGAUGAAGAUCAUGGAAUAUGAUUGUAAAAGUAUCACCACAGCUAUACAGAAUAUUCACCAAGAGUGAUAUUACAGCAAGUUUUCAUGCACGUCUCAAUGUAAUUCUAAAUUUCUAAUCCCUUUUUCUUUCAUUUUUCUAUUCUAGGCAUAAUAUCGAAUAUCAUGUAUCAGUCAUUUGACUUUAUUUUCAGUGAAGUAACUGGUUUAAAGAAGCAACAAUUGAUUAUUACCCUUUUUCUGAAUAAGUUAUGUUUCGUACUUU